AUAUGUUGUAGCUUCACGGAACCAUGUUUAUGCAAAUGCGCAGAGCUAUUGCAAGGGGAAGCCGUUGCUCACUUUUCAACUGACGCAUCCCGAGACUGCAUCCACCUGCUUAUUGAAACACCAAUUUGAGUUGGAAGGUAGACACCGCUAACAGAAAAAGAUGACGGCCUCAUCACAACCUACGCGGAGCGGAGGCCGUCCCUACGCUAUCGUUUGGAGCCCCAUCCCGCUUAUUAGCUGGUUGAUGCCCUUUAUCGGCCACAUGGGCAUCUGCUCCUCCUCCGGGCGCACAUACGACUUCGCGGGGCCCUUCACGGUCAAUGAGGACUGCCUGCUCUUUGGUAAACCCACAAGGUAUCUCACGUUGGGGCCCCAGGCUGCCAAGCAAGCAGCAGCGCACAGCUCCGGUGCCAGGUCAGCAGCGACGACCGCCAACCCGCCGCAUAGCAGCUGCUGUUGCACGGAGGACCCCGAGGCAGCUGCAGGGAGGCCGCAGGCGGCAGCAGCCCAGCCCGCUGACCUCAGCGCUGUCUCGGCGACGUGUAGGGAAGGGGAGGUUGGAGUGGGGGCAGCGCGGCUUGAGGCGUCAGCAGGGGCGACGAGGUCAGCGUCAACAGCGGCUGCGGCGGCCAUCUCGCCUCACUCUUGGGAUCACCGAUUGGCGUUUGCGGCUACAACAUAUCGGCUGAUGCAGUACAACCUGAUGACCUGCAACUGUCACUGCUUCGUGGCGCACUUCCUCAACCAGAUAGCCUUCAGGGGUGGCGGUUGGGAUAUGGUCAACCUGGCUGCCCUGGUGUUCCUGCGGGGCCGCUACACCUCCCUAGGUGGUCUGUUGCACACUUGGCUGCCCUGGGUCGUACUGGUGGCGCUGGGGGGCUACUUUGGGCGGUUGAUCUUCCUGGCCAUCUACCUGGCCCUCUGCGUGCCGCUGCUGGCCUGGUUCCUGGUCUACACAUGGUGCUGCUGGCGGGACCUCAGCCCGUGAGGGGAGGGAGGCAGGCGGGUGGUGGUGGUGGUGACAGAGGGGAAACCUACCGAGGCGGGUGGCGAUGCGGAUGCGGGGUGGGGUUGCGCCUUGAAGCCUGGGAGGUCUGUUUGGGACACAGUUGCAUAUGCAUGUGUGAGCGUGUGGGUAUGUAUGCGGCAGCGAUGACUGAAAGAGAAUACAACAAGAAUGAAUGACUGUUAUCGCGGUCCCCAAGGAUAAUAGAUAGAACACAUGUAUGAAUGAUGCUUGCAACAUCGUAAGCCGUGAUAGUGGGAGCAAAACCCGUGCUAUACAUGAGCAUCGCUACGUGUACAUAUUACAACGCUGACAAACUGAUGUGUACGACGGUAUGGGCAGGUGGGGCUUGCAUGCAACGUCAUGCGGUGGAGCAUGCACACGUGCUGUGGGCACACACGCGCCUGUGCUGUUUGGCAUUCAUAGCUACGCUGUUGCCUCGGACUGCGUGGAUGCUGUCACAGGUGUUGGUAAGCUGCCCCUUUGCUGGUGGUGCAGCAGCGCAUGCAGUGACACGUGGAGUGGCUGCCUUUUGCGACGCGCGUGCACUGGUGUGGUGCUGGCUCGGGGUGAGGAUUAGGUAGGUAGGUAGCACGCCCUGUGCGUACAACGGUAUGAACGGUAUGCAUGGCUUGUGCUUAGCCAGGAAUCCGUACCCUUACACUGUAACGAAGGAAACCCGGG